CCCUUCCACUAAGAAACGCCCACCAAAGAGGAGCCGGUAAAGUCAGUUCAAACUGAAAACGCACGCUGCCCUGCCUGCACACAUUCAGGAGCCACUCGCGCAUGGAGCAGGGACGCAGCGUGACAGACAGCCUACCUCUGUUUGAGUUUUGGGGUUUUUUUCCCCCCCGCACCUUCGCAAGUAUUAGGUCAGGUAUUGCGUCAGUUGAUAACUUCCCAUGAUUGGAUUUGACUUUUUUUUUUUCCAUUCAUGUGUCAUUUCAAAUCUCUAAGCUGACAACACUAAUCAAGACUCGGAACCUGCUGAGUGGAUGCUUUGGAGUGAACAGGUGGCGCAGGCUCCGCUUCCCUUAAUUUGCUAUUAGGGGCGAGACGCAGGCAGAGCGGAGUUAACGCACUUCGCCGGACGCUUAAGCAUUUAAUACCUGGUUUUAAAGCUGGGCGAGGGGGACGAGCCGCGCGUCUUUUCUUCUCCCGGCUCGACGAGGGAGCUGAGAUGCCAGUUGCCGACGGCGACAUGGUAAUGGACAACAGCCACGCGUUGUACGAGGGGAAGACCCCGAGCAGCGCCGGGAACGAGAACGUCCUCCCGGCUUCACUAUGCAGUCCCGCGGCGGACAUCCUCAAGAACUUUUACCACACCAAACGGGUCGGGAACUAUCUGAUCGGGAGGAAGCUCGGAGAGGGAUCGUUCGCCAAAGUUAGAGAGGGUCUCCACGCGUUGACUGGCGAGAAGGUGGCGGUAAAGGUGAUCGACAAGCGCAAGGCCAAGAAGGACUCGUACGUGACCAAGAACCUGCGGAGGGAGGGCCACAUCCAGCAGAUGAUCCGCCACCCCAACAUCACGCAGCUGCUGGACAUCCUGGAGACGGAGAACAGCUACUACCUGGUGAUGGAGCUCUGCCCCGGCGGCAACCUCAUGAACCGCAUCUACGACAAGAAGCGCCUGGACGAGAGGGAGACGCAGAAAUACAUCCGGCAGCUCGUGCUGGCCGUCGAGCACCUGCACAGGGCGGGUGUGGUGCACAGGGAUCUGAAGAUAGAAAACCUCCUGUUGGACGAGCAGGACAACAUAAAGCUCAUAGAUUUUGGCCUCAGUAACUGCGCCGGCAUCUUGGGAUACUCAGACCCAUUCAGCACCCAGUGUGGAAGUCCGGCGUACGCCGCCCCAGAGCUGCUCUCCAGAAAGAAGUAUGGGCCGAAGGUGGAUGUCUGGUCCAUUGGUGUGAACAUGUACGCGAUGCUGACGGGUACUCUCCCGUUCACCGUGGAGCCGUUCAGUCUCCGCGCCCUGCACCAGAAGAUGGUGGACAAGGAGAUGAACCCUCUACCUCCCUCGCUCUCCACAGCUGCCAUCUGUCUUCUGAAGAAGCUUCUCGAGCCGGAUCCCAACAAGCGUCCCAAUAUCCAUCAGGUGAUGGCCGAUUCAUGGCUGCAGCUGGCCAACAAGAACACAGGAGCCCCGUACCUCAACAGGAUCCACAUCGAGGAAAUCAACCACACGGUGUUGCUGCACAUGACGGAGAAGAUGAGCUACAAGCACAGCGAGGUGCUGAGCGCCGUCCUCACCAACCGCGCCUGCCACACUCUGGCUGUCUAUUUCCUCCUCAACAAGAAAAUGAAGAGACUCUCAAAGGAGUACAGGGAGAUGCAGUUCCAGGAGAAGAAGAAAGGAGAGAAGCAGAAGAGCGAAUACUUCCAGACCCAGUGGAGGAAGCACGUCGACAAGCUGACUAUCCCCCCCAAGCAGACGCCCGUCUACCUGGCCGUCAGCAAGGAGCCGAGCAAGAAGAAACACCGAACAGGUCUUUUGCGUGCCAUAACUGGUGGUCAUCGUAAUUCACCUCUGGCUCCACCCGGCACUGUCGCUUCUUCCUCCAUGGAGUAUCUGGAGAUCCAGCCUCUCUUCAACAACACCCCUCAGCAACGGAGGCGCUUGGCCACCCUCCCACAGGUCAACACGAGCCCAGAACACAAUAUACCCGCUCCACCAGCACCGUCACCCAUCGGCAUGCAUUCCUUCGGCUCCCUCUCCAAAGCUGAGCAAAUCGAGGACACCCCGGCUUCACCCUGGUACAAGCUGACCAACGGGACUCUGUCCCCACCUCGCCACGUCUCUGCCUUCCAGCCCGACUCCUCCUACCUGAAGAAGGCGACGAUCCCCAGUCCUCCCGUCCUCAUUGUCAACCCGCAGCCCAAGAAGAGCAUCUCGUCAGACUGGGGUGGCUCGUCCGACACCAGCGGGAGCCCCCCGAGCACCAUAGGGAGCCCCCCAGGCAGCUCAGCGUUCAGCCCCCCAAAGUCUGCCUUUAGUAAACUCAAUCCCACCUCAGCAUUCAGUCCUCCUUCGAACAGCAGCAGCAGUGAUCCCGAAAGCCCUACGCAUCGCAGCAAGUUCCCUUCUAUGGGAAUCGGACAGAUCCUGAAGAAGAAGGUCCAGCUGCAGCCGUUCACCUUCCGGCCGGAACAGGUCGUUGAGGAAGUGGUGUCCCCCCCUCCCUACCCCAUGCAGACUCUCCUCUGUGCUUCAGGUGCACUCAAAACCCUCUGCUGAGGGACACUAGCAGAAAGAAAACGAACGAAAGACAGACUGAACUCAAGGCCCCUGUCAACAUUUCUAUGUUGGAGAGGUCUUCCAGAGCGGCCUUUUGAACUGUGAACUGUCCCUUUAUUGCAACUGAGCCACUUUCAAUCACGGACUUGAUCAAUUAUAGAAGAAAAAAGAAGGGGUUUAAUAAUGUGUCUCUUGUCGCCGCUCUCAUUAUGUAAUAAGAGGUGGUGACACAGAGAAGAUGAGAUUUAAAAACGGAUCCCUGAGGGAUGACUAAACCUCACUGUGUCCUAGAUACAGAGUGGACAUGGGACAUCAUGUAAUAUGAGCCUUGCUAACAAGGUGUACACACACACGCACGCACACACACACACACGCACAUAACACUGUAUUAUACACUGAGUUAAGAGGUACUCUCUUAUGUAAUAUUGCUGUAACUGGUUACUAAUUGAGCCGCAGACUGAUUCACACCAGCUAACAGACCCCGACCCUAACCCUGACUACAUGUAUUAGUGUUUUGUCUGUGUGUGAAAACUUCUCUUAAGAUACCCACUGACUUCCAGCCAGCUGGCGCUGUAUCCUCAACGCUGACUGGAUAAAGAAGCUCACUGCACUAUUCUUAAAAACCAAAACCUGUAGUAACACCACUGUUUUUUACCACCUCUUACCUCACUGCAUUGUUCAUACAUAAAUGUACAGCAGCAGUCGAUUGUGACGCGCUCGUGUGGAUUUUGCCACGGUGUUGCAGUGUCUGAGCAUAAGUCCCGACAGAGUCAACACACGGAAUUAGAAGUAGGUGCCAAGGGGUAGAGUCAUACUCACUCUUCAUAGCCAACAGACGCAAAUCACUCAACACUGAUAAUAAUUCACCGUUCUAACUUUUUGUUGUGUAAAAGUGUUACCUAACCUCUACUAGCCACAGGGAAACUAUCAAGCUGUCUUAGAUACGACUCUCUCACAGGAGGAUUUUGCCUGUUUAUACUGAGUUUUGGAAAAAAAGAAAAAAAGAAAAGAUUUUUAAAAAAAAAAUAGAGCAUCAAAAGCCUUAUGAAACUGAUAGACCUCGCCAAAGGCUGAGGGUGAGAAAGUGGGAAAUAACUGCUACUAGGAUCACAUAACAUCCAUGAAAAUAAUUCACUUCCUUUUGUCUUAAUGCUGUAGUUUGUGCAAUAGUCUUAAGUGUUAACUGCAAUGAAGAGUAUUUGCCAAGAGCUCUCAGAGCGUGAUGUGAAAUAAAUUGUGCUUGUAAAUAACAGUAAGACUACUGUGUUCCCGUCACUUCUGUACGAAGGGAUUCUAAAAUGUUUGUCGAACCGACAUUUUCACAUGUUUAGUGGCUUCAAGAAACUAUUCGACUCGAUGAAAAAGGCUUCCACAGGCACACGGGGCUUCUCACUGUCAAGAUACGGUAGAAUCUCUUUCCCGUCCGGACGAAAAAGUUGCAUGCAAUGUCUCACGAGUCGAACUGUACUGUCAGCAUUUGAAAAUUAUGUCUUUGUACCUUUUUUCUGGUUGAUACUGAGAUUGAUACGGACUCGGGGGGUCUUUUGUAAGAUUUUGUAAUGGAUGGUUUUGUUUGAGUGUCAAGAGAUUUCUAUGCUGUAUAAAGUAUUUUAAAUAUUUAUACCGAU